AUGAAUAUACAGUUAAAACAACUUGCAGAUAAAUCUAGAAAAACUGUAAAUUCCAUUAUAAAAAAUGAUCUUCCCCCUAUAGAAAGGAACUUGGAACAAAUUGAGAAACAAUCGCGUAAACUUGCCGAUAGAGUUAUUAGACUUGGUGAAAAUACAGAAAGAAAAACUCCUUUUUUUUUGGCUAAUAUUGGAAUUGAUGGUGAUAAAUUGGCACAGGAUUUAAAUAGCAUCAAUAUAUUUAAUACUUUUGAACCAAGAAUUGUUUUAUCAGACACCGAUGUUGAAAAGUAUCUUGACCAUAAUCAUCAAAAGGCAUUUACUGAGACUAUUAAAGAUGGUCAUACACAGACAAUAAACGAAUGUAAUUCACUUUAUGACAAAUUGCUUAUUAAAGAUUGGGCAAAUACAAAAAAGCAAGCAUUCGGAGAACUUGGACAAUUCAAUGUCAGCAGUUCGAGUUCAAGUCAAAUACAACGAUCAUAUAUUCCUAUAACAGGUCAUCAUUCUUCCAUCAAAUCAACAAUAAAUUUAAAUCAACGUCACAUGGUUUAUUUCGAUAUUGUUGUAAAAUUGAAUGAUUCUAGACUAUUUGAUCGUGAUUAUGGUGUUAUUUCUGAAUUUUUCUUGGCAUCAAAAAAAAUUUCAAUGGAUUAUAGUAAGAAACUUAUUGAUUGUUGGCAAGCACUUAAACACAUUGUUGGAGAACAUAAUGUUAUUGAAGGAACAUUUAGACGAAACGCUUUGAAGCAACGGUGUUUCGCUCAAGUAUAUGAAACACCACUUCAAAAUCCUUUAUAUAAAGAAUUAUGCAAAUCUUUUAUAAAUGGUGCCAAAAAAUAUUUAGAAGAAAUAUAUUGUACUUGGUCAAGGGAUAUGAUAGAUUCUUUUAGAAAUGAAGCAAUGAUGGGGGGUCAACCAUCAGCUAUUAACAAGAUAGUAGAAAAUAAUAUCCCUAUAUGGGGCUUGUUAUAUGUUCUUAUGAGACAAGGUCAUUACGAUCAUGCAUUGGAAGCAAUAGAAAAACUUACAUCAAAUGAAAGACAAGCUUUUAUUGCAGAAAUAAAACUAAAACCAAAAUUAACAGUUCAAACUCAAGACCUUUACAAAUCACUUAUAUAUCAGGUAGUAGCACAAUUAGAAGAAUUGCCUCAAAAACCACCAAUCUACAUAUUAUGUUGCAUUCGAGAAAUCGAAUCAAUUCAGGAUGGAUCGAGUGAUACUGUGACAUUAAGUGGUUUUCAAAAAGAAAUUUCGACCUUUGGACCUAAUUACUUUACUUCAAAUGGAAAAGAUCCUAUACAAUACUUUCGUGCUUUAUUACUUUCUCUUCAAUUUGAAAGGGCAAUAGAUUAUUUAUUGCAAACAGAUUAUAAGGAGGACGCUGUACAUUUUGCUAUCACUCUUGCGUAUUAUGGAUUAUUAAGAGUACCGGAAGAUGGAGAAUCUUUAGCACUAUUUUUUGAAAAAAAAGAAAAUGAUAGUAACCAAGUAGUUGCUAAAUUUAAUUUCAACAAACUUAUUGUACAGUAUGUUCACAUGUUGAUCAGUGAUCAUGAUAAUAUUGCGACUCAUUCACUUCACUAUCUUCUUUUACUGUAUCUGUAUGGUAAUCAUCGUGAUGAUUUUGGAAGAUACCAAAUAGAAAUAAAUCAUGAUCACAUGAGACAUCUAGUGCUUGAAACAAAUGCAGGCCUUAUGAGGAAAUACAUGAAAUUGAUGUUUAUAAACGAUGAAAAAGAAUUCAAAGAAAAAAUCAUAAAUAUGCUUGCUAGACAAUUUUUUGAUGAUGGAAAAUUUAAUGCUGCAAGGCGUUUAUAUGAAAUAACCGAGAAUUACGAGGAAUGUGUAGCUUUACUUAAUAAAAUACUUGCAGAAUAUAUAUGGAUUGUCAUGAGUGGAGUGCCGGUGCAACCAGAUACAGAAAUAGAAUUUAAUCCUAAUGAAGUCGCUAGAAUAUCUAAAGAAUAUGAACAACUUCAUUAUACUAAUAAUGUCUCAGCUAACCUUUUGAAUGACAAUAAAACAUUACUCAAACUAGUUGAAUUUGUAGAACUAUAUAAACAACAAGAUUAUGGAAGAGCAGUGUCUUCAAUAAAAAAAAUAGAUCUUUUCCCGUUUGUAGAUGAUAUUAGUAUUAUUAUGGAAAAAGCAAAUGCAAUUAAUGGUAUAGAUGAAUCGUUGAAAAAAUCUAUAACAGAGCUUUUAUAUAUAACUAUGAAGUGCAUUGUACAUCAUCAACAACAUUUAAAAGAUCAAUUGAUACAUGGAACACCAGGGUUAAAAAUAGUUAAUGAUAGUGAAUUAUAUGAACUUCAGAGAAAUGCUAAAGCUCUUGUUACCUUUGCAGGUUAUGUACAAAACAGUAUUAUCACGUCUGAUAUUUUUUAUAAAUUAAAUGAAUUAGAAGUGCAAAUGAGAUAA